UCUAAGUAGUAAAACCGUCAGAGGAGGGUAAUCAUACAGAGGACGCGGCAGUGCUGCGUCCGCGUAACGCACUGGCACCGCCGGUGAGAGGCAUCUUCCCGCUUUCCCCAUGGCCUUGUGGAAAUGAGACUGCCGAGCUCAAUCUUUGUGUCUGUCUCUCUGUUCAUCGCCGAGACGGUGGUUGCCCUUUACCUCAGUACCACGUACCAAUCUGCAGGGGACCGGAUCUGGCAGACACUCACGCUCCUCUUCACGCUUGUGUCGUCGGCUCUAGUGCAGCUCACACUGAUUUUUAUCCACAGGGACCUGAUCAGGGACAGGCCGUUCGUGCUGCUGCUGCACAUCCUGCAGCUGGGACCUAUAGUAAGGUGCCUGGAGGCUUUCUGCAUCUAUGGGAGCAUGGGAAAGGUGGAGGAGCCGUACGUCAGCAUCACCAGGCUGAAGCGAAUGCCCCACGGCGGCCCGGCUGAGGAGGUGGAGCGGCAGGUGGGGCAGGCGGAGGGUAAGCUGGUGGUGCACCGGGCAGCUUUCUCCCGAGCCUCCGUCGUCCAGGCCUUCCUGGGCUCUGCCCCCCAACUGACUCUGCAGCUGUACAUCUGCGUGCUACAGCGAGGCGUGUCUGCCGGCAGAGGCGUGCUGAUGGUGAUCUCGCUCCUCUCCAUUGUGUACGGCGCCCUUCGCUGCAACAUCCUGGCCAUAAAGAUAAAGUACGACGACUACGAGGUUGACGUGGGGCCCGCGGCCUACCUCUGCAUCUUCCUGUGGCGCAGUUGCGAGAUCGCCACGCGGGUCGCGGUCCUGGUGCUUUUCAGCUCCGUGCUGCGGUCCUGGAUGGUGCCGGUGGUGCUCGCCAACUUCCUGGCCUUCUCCUCCUACCCCUGGCUGCUGUUCUGGAGAAGCCGAUGUCCCUUCCCAGAAAACGUAGAGAAGACGUUGACGCGGGUUGGGACCACCACGGUGCUGGGCCUCCUCACCUUCCUCUACGCCGGCAUCAACAUGUUCUGCUGGUCGGCGGUUCAGCUGCAGCUGAGCGACCCAGACCUGAUCAACAAGUCACAGAACCGGUUCCGCAUGGCAGCGUAUUAUGUGAUCCGCUUUUUAGAGAACACUGCCUUGCUCCUGCUGUGGUACCGCUUCCGCACAGAUGUGUACCGCCUGGUGUGUGCGCCGCUGCUUCUACUGCAUCUGCUGGCUGGCUAUGCCGUGGCCAUCUUCUUCAUGCUGAUCUUCUACCGGUUCUGCCACCCUUGCAAGAAGCUCUUAGCCUCCAGCGAUUCCCGGGGCAUCCUGGGAUUCGCCCCCUUCCUCUGCCCACCCUGUGGACCCCGCCAACGAGAGGAAUCCGCAGAGAGCCACCCCGGCUCGUCUGAAAAUGACAACACGCACGACUCUGCGACGUCAGCCACCUCCUUGAGUCCUGUAACCUUUGACAGCUUUAGAGGUCUCCAGCGCCCCCUAGAGGAGCUCUAAUGUGGAGAAAGGGCUUUAUGGUUCCCUAGGAUCAGCUGCUUUUAUGUGACACUUUCUGGUCCUUGUGGGCUUGUGGCCCCUCGGUCAGGCCAGCGCCAGCAUCGUCGGCCCGGAAGGCACUUGGUGCUUCCAUGCACUCCGAGAGACGCAGCUGUUCUCUAUAUCCUGGUAGGCAGGACAGUCAGUGGCACAGUUAGUGACAUUAGGUGGCACUAAUGUCACUAACAUUAGGUGGGAAAAGAUAUCUAAUUUUAAAAAUAUUUACAUUUCAGGAAAUUAUACAGUGGGGGUGGCAUGGUGGUGCAGUGGUUUGCACUGUCACCUCACACCUCUGGGACCAGGGUUCGAGUCUCUGCCAUGACUCCAUGUGUGUGGAGUUUGCAUGUUCUCCCCGUGUCAUCAUGGGGUUUCCUCCCCCAGUCCAUAUAGCAUGCUGAGAUUAACUGGAGGUGGACCCCCUGCAGCCCAGCAUCGGACAAGCCGGUACGGGAAACAUUAUGCUUCAAAAUUUACUCUCAUAUUACGAGAUAUUUUAUAUUUUUAAAGCCAUUUUCUCACCAUCCUAGGAGUGAAACCGGAGAUUUGUGGAUUCACCCUCUGAUGUGACCUAGAGACAUUUCCUAUUCGUUAUGUAUUCAAAGUUCAUCGGAGAGUAAUAUUUAUGCGCUCUGCAAAUCCUCAGCAAUUUUCUGAUCUCAGCGUCAACAUCCCCAGAAUAUAUUGCCGGCUUUCUGUCAGCUGAUGAUGGUGUUUAACUUUUCAAAGCAACUUUCCACAUAAUUGCACAAGAACGGCUUUACUGAGUAUCAAAUAAAACCCUGUGAUCUGUAAAACCCGAAACUUCACAUUCUUUACAUCCAAUGCAUGUAAAAAGCACUUUGUGGAUGAAAUUCCUCCUCAAGAAAACAACAUGAAUUAACAUUAAUUACUUUCUAUUCUUGUUUAAGGCAUGCAGUUACAUGAAUACUAUUAUCAUUCCCAGAACUGAACAUUACUUUUAAAUGUAGAAUUAUAUUAAUUCACUUUAUUAUAUAAAUAUGUUACAGCAUAGAGAAAAUUGAAUCCUGAACUAUAUUUAUGGUUUAAUAUAACUGUAUUAUAUUUUUCACUAAUUUUAUUUUUGCAUUGAAACAAUAUGUCUUUGGGGGUGGGGGGGGGGGCUGGUGAAUGAGGCACUUCUUACGCCUCCUCAUCCGAUGGUCUGUAGCAUUUGGGUUUCGCAAGUUUAUUUUAUACUGCUUAAAACUAAUAUCUAAGUGUCCCUAACCUCUGUUUUCAUCUGGAUAUAAUACUGAUUAUUUCACUUGGCUUGUCAAAAAAUACAAUUUUUGGUUUGCUCACCACUCUCAAAGUGUUCACCUCCAUUAGAGCUUAAGAAAGAUUAAAUAUUCUGCAUCAUAUUCUGCUCCAAAAAGCAGGAUUUCUCAGUUAGCUGGGAUAACUUAAAGUUAGAAGUCAUGAUCGUCCAAUAGGAAUGCUCCUUCCCUAAACUGUUAUUGGACAAUCAUGAUCGUCCAAUAAGAAUGCUCCUUACCUAAACUCUUAUUGGACAAUCAUGAUCGUCCAAUAGGAAUGCGCCUUCCCUAAACUGUUAUUGGACAAUCAUGAUCGUCCAGUAGGAAUGCUCCUUACCUAAACUCUUAUUGGACAAUCAUGAUCGUCCAAUAGGAAUGCUCCUUACUUAAACUCUUAUUGGACAAACUGACCCAGCUAACUGAGAAUCCCUGCUUUGUGGAACACACCCCUGAUCACAUGGUUGAUAUUAUGUCUCCACACUCAGAUAUAAGACGCAGCCCAUUUUACUCACUGGUUCAGCUUACUCUGUUUUCCCUCACAGAUUUAUUGAUAUGCGGUCAUCACUAUUUAUGAGACCAAGAACUUAAAAAUGGUAUCUGGCAUUUGUAAAAUAUAAAGUAUUUUUUGCGAUAGAGUCAUAUUUAUUUUGAAAUAUUUGUUCAUAUUAUUUAUGGGAUUUUACUUGUAUGAAUUUAUUUUAAUCCAGUUUAUUAGUACUAAGUUUAAAUGAAUGUAUAAUUUUGUGAUGUAAUUUUAUUUUUCUGACACCUAGUGAACAAAAAAUGUGCAAUUGUUUGAAUCUCAGACUUUAAAUGUUAAACAAGUAAAUUUAAAAUAUAAAAGCACGUCCCGGCCUUUGUGCUAUUACUGUAGCCCUUCUCCAUAACUAACGGCAUAUGUGAUGGUUAAACUUAUUAUUUUAUUGUUAGAAAACAUUCCAUACUAUGAAGAUAUAGCAAGGAUACAAUUAAAUGCACAUUGCUUGAGUACUUGGUCAACAGCAGGGAACAUUGUUUGUUUUCCUGAUGUUAUGCUCCAGCACCCUGUAUGGCUUUUGGCGCAAACGAAAGGAAAAGCAAAUUUCAUAGAGUUAAAAAAUGUCAUUUUAAUUAGCUGCGAAGGGCUGGAGUCCUACCCUAGGUUAUUCCCUGCCUUUACCCCCAUUGUUACCAGAUAGGCUCUGGACCCCCGUAAUGCAGUGAAGGGCAAGUGGUGUAGAUUAACUGUUUUGAUUCACAUUUUAAUUCUGAGAGUAGCAUUUUAUUCUUCCGAUUUAUUAUUUUAUCAUGCUAAAAGGCUGUGUUACCUGUAACAACAGUGUGUAUUUGGGUUCUGCCUUGUGCUGCCCUUUACGAAAUAUGCACGUAAGUAUGCAAGUAACUUUUGUAUGUUUUCUGAACUGGUCCCUGUAUUGUGGCAUACCAUAAAUAAUUUGGCAUAUACAGUACAAUUAUACUGUAUUUAUAUUCUCAUAUUUUGAUGUUGAACUUUAGCUUUUGAGCUUGUGCCUUAAUGAUAAAUAAAAAACACAUUCAUGU